AUGGCGUCGAUGUGGCUCGACAACAAAAUGGGUACAGCUGCCGCCCUGGCGUUUCUAGCUGCCAAACUUACUAUAGCACUAUGGUGGAAGCCUCUACAAAUAGCCAAGCAUUUUCAAUCUCAAGGCAUUGCAGGCCCUCCUUACAAGCUACUCCUUGGAAAUUCUCUUGAAUUCACCAAGUUUAUGUCUGAGGCCACAGCCAAUUCUAUGAAACUCUCGCAUGACAUUGUGGCAAGACUGCAACCUUGGUACUCUUACUGGUCCAAAAUAUAUGGGUCCACUUUCCUAAUGUGGCUGGGGCCCAUACCAACACUGGUAAUUGGUAGAUGCGAAUUGGAGAAGGAGGCGCUAGGUGAUAAGAUGGGGAGCUAUGGAAUAAAAUGGGAUCCUGUGAUGAAAGAUAUACUUGGAGAAGGCCUGGUGGAGCUCAAUGGUGAUAAAUGGGCACAUCACCGGCGGAUAGUAAAUCCAUCCUUUCAUACUGAUAAGCUCAAGGAUAUGGUUUGUUGCAUGGUGGAGAGCACUGUUAAUAUGCUGCAGAAGUGGGAGAAAGCUGUCAAAAAUGAUGAGAAAGAAGUAGAUGUGGCCGAGGAAUUCAAGGCUCUAACUUCAGACGUUAUUGCCCGCACUGCGUUUGGGAGCAGCUAUCUCCAAGGAAAACAUAUUUUUGACUUGCUGGCUCAGCAAAUGUCCUUGGCAUGUCAGGAUAGUGUAAAAUUAAUGGUUCCUGGCUAUAGAUUUCUGCCUUUCAAAAGAAACAGACAACGUUGGAGACUCAACAGAGAAAUCAAGAGAGCUCUGAAAGAGCUAAUUACAAAUCGAGAAAAAGCUGGUCCAAACACCACCCAAGGCUAUGGCAAUGAUCUGCUCGGCUCCAUGAUGAACACAAUCCAAGAGAUGAGAAGCUCUGAAAGCAAUCAGGGCCUCACAAUAGAGGAAAUCAUAGCUGAAUGCAAAACAUUUUUCAUUGCUGGGCAAGAGACUACAAGUAAUUACUUAACAUUUGCCAUUGUUCUCUUGGCCAUGCAUCCUGACUGGCAAGAUCAAGCACGCUCAGAAGUACAACAAUUGGGAAUGAUUCUAAACGAGGUGAUCCGGCUCUACCCACCAAUUGCUGUGUUUCGUAGAGAAAUACACAAGGAUACAACACUAGGAGGAAUUGCAAUCCCUGAAGGCACGCAGGUCAUCUUUCCUACGCUUUCAUUCAAUCACGAUACAUCUCUUUGGGGAGAGGAUGCAAAUGAAUUUAAGCCUGAGAGGUUUAGUGAGGGAAUAAGUAAGGCUGCUAAGGAUGACUCUGCUGCAUUUAUCCCUUUUGGAUAUGGAUUGAGGUCGUGUAUGGGCAAAAAUUAUGCUAUGCUUGAGACCAAGGUUGCGCUUGCCAUGAUUUUGCAACGCUUCUCGUUUGUUCUUUCUCCAGGUUACGUCCAUGCACCCACAUCGUUUGUGACAAUGUUUCCUCAGCAUGGAGCUCUGAUCAUUCUUCAUAACCUGCAUUCAGAUGAAAGCACGGUUUGA